AUGGAGAAAAUGUGUUUUCUGAUAUAUUCUGCUCUUCUUGUGCUAACUAGAACCAUUUACGCAAAGAGUGAUGCUGUUCCCGUGAAGAACUUCAGUGGUUCCAGCUACGUUUUCUAUAGGAGCAAUGGUAACGGGUACAAUUGGGAAAGAAGCAAAACAAUAUGUGAACAGUCUGGAUAUAACCUUGUUUCUAUUGAGAGUCGUGAAGAGUGGAACUUCCUGAAUCGAACCAUCCAAAAAGAAGAUACCAUUGAAUACUUCAUAGGUUUGUGGAAAGAUACAUCAACUGGAGUGUGGAGAUGGUUAAGUGAUAACAGCACGGUCAAUGCGUCCAUUAAAGGAGACUGGCCCUGGGCGAAAGAUGAACCUAACAACAAAGAUGAGAACUGUGCACAAAUGUACAGAUGUUAUCGUGAAGACUUUGGGCGCUAUAAUGAUAUCGGGUGCACUGAAUCCAAAGCCGAAGCAGGAUUCAUAUGUGAAUUGACAGGUGGAGGAGAGAAAAAAUCAGCGAAAGCGACGGCAUCCACCACAACAGGACUGAAUGAUGGAUCCCCAGCAUCGACAACUGCUGGGUUCACAGGACCAUCUACAACUGCGACAACAAAACGGAAUGAUGGAUCCCAGGCAUCAAAAACUACACGGGCCAUAGGACCAUCUACAACUGCGACAACAGGACGGAAUGAUGGAUCCCAGGCGUCGACAACUGCUUGGAUCAAAGGAUCAAUUACAACUACGACAACAGGAUGGAAUGAUGGAUCCCAGGCAUCGACAAAUACUCGGGUCAAAGGAUCAUCUACGACGGCGACAACAGUUACCACCAUCAUUAUCAUCAUCGUUUUAUUGACUUUACAGUAUUUGUAUAAUUUUUAA